AUGAAAUAAAUCAUACUUGUAUCUUUGUGUGUUAUUACAGCAUUAUGUAACUUAAGGUUUAAGGAUAAAGAACAAUUAGAGAGACAUCAUUCUCAUAUUUAAGAUGUUGAUGAAUUUUUGACUAUUCAUGUGAUUCCUCACUCUCAUGAUGAUGUUGGAUGGUUGAAAACAGUUGAAUAAUAUUUUUAUGGAUUAAGAAAUGAUUAUCAAUGGGCCAAUGUAGAAUACGUGAUAGAUUCAUAUAUCGAAGAAUUACAAAAAGAUUAAGAUAGAAAGUUCAUUCAAGUGGAAACUAAGUUUUUCAAAAUGUAAUUUUAUAUUCAUAAUAAUUAUAAGGUGGUGGGAUCAAUAAAAUGAAACCAUUAGAGAUAUAACCAAAUCAUUAGUUUCAAACAGAUAAUUAUAGUUUAUUUCUGGAGGAUGGUGUAUGAAUGAUGAAGCUACUACAUAUUAUGAAGAUAUUAUUGAUUAAAUGACUUUGGGUCACAAAUUCUUAUUGGAAACAUUUAAUUAUGUUCCAAGCAUAGGAUGGCAAAUUGAUCCAUUUGGUCAUUAGAAUUCUUAAGCUGCAUUAUCUUAUUAAAUGGGAUUUAAUGCUUGGUUUUUUGCAAGAAUUGAUUUUGAAGAUAAAGAAAAUAGACUUGAUAAUAAAAACAUGGAAAUUAUUAUGUUGCCACCUGCUGAAGGUGUACAAUAUCCAAUGUUUACUCAUAUUUAAUACUAUCAUUAUGAAGCACCUCCUUCAUUCAAUUUUGAUAUUCUCAGAUCAACUGAUGCUAUUGUUGAUAAUUUUAGAUCACAAAGUUUUAAUCUUAAAGAUAAAUCAGAUCAACUUGUUUAAUAUUUUAAAUCUUAGUCACUUCAUUAUAAAAGUGAUCAUUUAAUUCAUACUUUUGGUUCUGACUUCUAAUGGUCUGAUUCGAAAGUCUUUUAUCAUAAUCUCGACAAAUUAAUUAGAUUUAUUAAUAAUAAUCCUGAAUAUAAAAUGAAACUAUAAUAUUCCACUCCAGAAGAAUAUAUUGAUGAAAUUAACAAAUAAAAUAUUACUUAUGAAACAAAAUAAGAUGAUUUCUUUCCUUAUUCUGACUAACCGCAUGCUUUUUGGACUGGAUAUUUUACAAGUAGAGUUGCUAUUAAAGGUUAUGUGAAACGAUUAGGUAGAUAAGCAUAAAUAUAUAAAAAAUUCAUCGCUUUACUUUUUUAAUAAAAAUUAAUUUAAGAUGAUUAUUAAAAUAUCUCUAAUACUAUUUAUGAAUUAGAUAAUGCAUUAGCGAUUUGUUAACACCAUGAUGCGGUAACUGGAACAGAAAAACAACAUGUUAAUGAUGAUUAUAUCAAUAUAUUAUCAAAUGGAGAAUAUCACAUUACAAAAUUGACAACCAAAUAUUUAUCACAAUUACUCUAUAAUAGAACAAAUGUAGAGUAUGAACAAUGUGAAUAUAAUACAACUGCCUUAUAAUGUGGCAAAACAUAUAGUGCUUUAAAAGCAAAUAAAACUGUUAUUGUUACUAUUAUUGAUGGGAAAGUAAAAUAAGAAAACAAUACUGAUAUCAUCUGUAUUAAAGUUCCAAACCUAAAAUUAUUAAUUAAAGAUUAAAAUAAUUAAGUUUUAUAUGGAGAUAUUGAUUGCACUAAUGGAUUUCAAGAUUGCGAUUUAUAUUUUAAAUAUUAAAUUUAUUAAAACAAUGUAAUUUAAUAUUUUACCAUAUAACCAGUUUUGUAUAAUGAAUCAGCAUCAGAAAUUUAAUUAAAUGUCAAUCCAUUUCCUUAUAAUGAGGAUACUUUAAUCACUCUUAAUUCAACAAAAUCAUUUAAAUUAAAAUAUGCUUAUUAUCAAUCUUAUCAAUAAAAAGAUUAAGCAGAUGGUGCAUAUAUUUUUAGACCUUUAAAUAACACAAAGAUUGUAUAUGGUAAUAUAUCAUAUAUAGCUAUUGGAUAUGGGAGAAUUAUGUCUCUAUUUAGAAUAGUUAGAACUUAUACUAAGACUGUUGUGAAAUAAUUUUAUGAUUAAAAAGAUACUUUUGAUAUUUAAACAUUUAUUGAUUAAAUUCCUAUUAAUGAUUCGAUAGGAAAAAAUAUUAUUAUGGUUAUUGAGGUACCUAACUUUAAUUCAAAUAAAACAUUCUAUACUGAUAGUAAUGGAUUAUAAUUUUAAAAAAGAAUUAUAGAUUAUAGACCAUAAUAUAACUAUUCAUUGCAUGAAAAUGUAUCAGGUAAUUAUUACCCAAUUACAAGUGCUAUUUAUAUAUAAGAUGGAUAAGAUUGUAUUGGUCUAUUAAAUGAUAGAGCAUAAGGAGGGAGCAGUCUAGAAAAUGGAUAAAUAGAGAUUAUGAUAUAAAGAAGAUUAUUAUAUGAUGAUAGUAGAGGAGUAGGAGAGGCUUUAAAAGAAACUGAUAACAAAGGAAAUGGUUUAGUUCAAUAAAUCUAACAUAAACUUACCUUUUUUAACAUUAUAAAUUAACCAAAUUAAAUUAGAAAAUUAUAAUAUUAUUAAGAUCUCUAACCUUUAGUAUAUUUUAAUUUUGAAUCAUAAUUACCACUUAUUCCUUUUAAUUUAAAUUGGUUCUUACCAUUCUAAGGGUUUAAAAUUGAACCUUUAUUAAUUUAUGGAGAAAAUUUAUUAAAAUUUAAUUACAUUUUAUGGAAAUAAGAUGAACUUCUACUCAGAAUUUAGAACUUGUAAGAGAAAUUUUCAAUGAAAAUUGAUAAAAUUGAAUUUUAAGGUUAGGCAAUCAGAACUACUUUAACAGGCAAUCAGAUAUGGAAUAAUUGGAAAAUCAAUUCAUUAAGUAAUAUUAUUUUAUUUUAAAGUAGAAUGGAAUUAUCAAAGAUAAUCAAACUCAUUUGAUGAAGAUUUAGAUGAUGUUCUAUAUCCUUUAUAAAUUUAAACUUAUCUCAUAAGAUAAAAUGAAAUAUUUUAAUAAUAAUGA